CAACACUCGACCCAGCGCCUUACUCCAAAAACGAAACGGAAGAAAACACACCAGUCGUGAACUGGGACCACAUUACUUACUAAACUGGAGAAACUGUUUUUUAAACGUGUUUAAUGACGCUCUGUUGUACAGUGACUUUAGCUGUAGGUCGGUGGACGAACACACUCGGUGGCAAAAAACAACAACCAGCUGAAAGCAGAGCGCGAACUUAGCUAACAUUGAGCUAACAUUUGUUCUAAAAGAAGAGGAAUAAGCUAACAACAGUCGAACGACUUGGCGCCUUAUGGAUGAAGAACAUAAUUAACUUACACUGAGCAACACAAUGGAUUCCUGCACAGCUGACUUACCCACUGCAGUGGCACAUGACUCUCCAGCUUCUGAUGACUCCUCAGAUGAUGAGCCGCUGAUAAAGAAGAAAACAACCUCUGCAGCUGCUGAGAAACCUGAGAAAAAAGAAAACACAUCGUCCCGCUCUAAUGGCACAAAUAAGAACGCAGAUUUGAACACAGGUGAUAGCUCCGACAAUGAGCCUCUGAGUAAGAUCGCCAAAGUGUCCUCCAAAACUGCUAAGAAGCCUUCCUCAGUGUCUCCAAAGAAAUCUGUGGACACAAAGAAAAAAGCUUCUGAUGACUCCUCAGAUGAUGAGCCGCUGAUAAAGAAGAAAACAACCUCUGCAGCUGCUGAGAAACCUGAGAAAAAAGAAAACACAUCGUCCCGAUCUAAUGGCACAAAUAAGAACUAAUUGAUAUCUCUUCUGAUGACUCCUCAGAUGAUGAGCCGCUGAUAAAGAAGAAAACAACCUCUGCAGCUGCUGAGAAACCUGAGAAAAAAGAAAACACAUCGUCCCGAUCUAAUGGCACAAAUAAGAACGCAGAUUUGAACACAGGUGAUAGCUCCGACAAUGAGCCUCUGAGUAAGAUCGCCAAAGUGUCCUCCAAAACUGCUAAGAAGCCUUCCUCAGUGUCUCCAAAGAAAUCUGUGGACACAAAGAAAAAAGAUGAUGAUGAAAAUUUGGAUGAAGAGCCUCUGAGUGAAAUUGCCAAGAAACUUAAAUCCAGACCCCAGAGAAAGGCAGCCGUCACACCGUCUAGACAAUCAGCCACAGCUAUAAAAUCCAAAAGGAGCAUGGCGAGGAAAAAUGUUAAAUGUACAGAGUCUUCAUGUGACAGCUCAGACGAUGAAACACUGGUAGCAAUAAAGAUGAGGACGAAGGCUGCUGAAGCAACCAACAAGAAAACAAAACUUAAAGACGAAUCACGAAAAGACAGCAGCUCUGAUGACCAUGACCAUGAUGUUGACGAUGAUGAUGAUGAUGAUGUUGUGUAUGUUGAUAAUGAUGAUGAUGAUGAUGAUGAUGAUGAUGAUGAAGAUGAUGAAGAUUAUAAGCCCAUGAGGAAAAUCAUCACCAGUAACAAGAAACCAGUGAGGAGAAACACAAAGAGGACGACUGUACUUCAACGUGAUGCGUCAAAAAAGACACACGGACAGUCUGAUGAAAGCCCAGAUGAUGAACCCUUGAUUAACCUUGUGAAAAAGAUCAACACUGGCAGGAAAACCAAGACCAAAACAAAGGCCGCAGCUCCGAAGAAGAGGAACAGUCCCAGAAAGCCAAGAAAGAUGCCUGUGUUAGAUUUGUCAAGCAACAGUUCAGAUGAUGAACCUUUAAUCAAAGCAGCUAAACACCCACAAGUUACCAAGAUCCUGAGAAUAAUACUGGAGAGGUGUGAUGGUGACGAUGGCGGACCAACAGGAAGCCUGACAAAAAAGCAGAACAGAGACAGCGAAUGACGAAAAGCCCACAAAGGAGAAAUUGGAGGAUUCAGAGGAAACAUCAGAAGAGGAAUAAGCGUUAGAAUCAUAAAGGAAUGAAUUACUCUUUAUUGUCACUUUUCAGCUUCUGGAUCUGGAAGUUCAAACCAAUUAGUGGCUCCACAUUUGAGGAACUUCCCAAAGUGUUGUAAAUCCCACAGAGAGACACCUCUCUAAAAAAAAAUGAAUUAGUGUUCAUGUGAAGGUACUGUGUGUUUUAUAUACGUACAUGUUCUUUUAAGGUGGUCGUAUUUUUACUCCAGUUUUUAGGUUUUGGACCAGGUUUUGCAGGUUCCUCAGAUUUUACGCCCAGUCUUAUAUGUUGUUUUACUAUUUAUGCUUGUUGCUCACAUCAGCUGCUUCCUCUGGUUUUCAUUUUUAAGAUAGUUAAUUAAAAAUCAUUGAUGUAAUUUAAACCUCUGCUUUCAUAUUAAUUGUACACUCAGCAUGCAGCAGUCAAAACCUCUUGUGUUGCAUUAAACUGUGUUACCUUAGAAAAUUCA